AUGGUGAUGGGACGCGAAGCGGCACUCGCAAUCGCGUUAUUCUGCCUAUUAAGUGGAUUCAAUUGUCUCAAUGGAGUAUCGGCAGCCGGCAAGGUGGAUGACUCGAAAGGCCCCGUCUUUCUGAAGGAACCGACCAACCGCAUCGACUUUUCUAAUUCGACCGGUGCCGUCGUCGAGUGCAGCGCUACCGGCAAUCCGCCCCCGGAAAUGAUCUGGAUCCGUAGCGACGGAACGGCGGUCGGUGACGUGCCCGGACUGCGGCAGAUUCUGCAGAACGGAAACCUCGUGUUUCCGCCGUUCCGUGCCGAGGACUACCGGCAGGAGGUGCACGCCCAGGUCUACGCCUGUAUGGCCAAAAACCAGUUCGGAUCGGUGAUCUCGCGCGAUGUCAACGUACGGGCCGUUGUGCAGCAGAACUAUCAGAUACGCGUGAACGAUGAGUUUGUGCUGGUCAAAAACACGGCCAUCCUGAAGUGCUUGGUGCCGUCCUUUCUGCAGGACUUCCUAUCGAUCGAUUCGUGGGAUGUUGACGAUCAGACCAUCACGAUGGACAGCGACGACACGGACGGCAAGUACAUGGUUCUACCGUCGGGAGAGCUGCAUAUCCGUGAGGUUGGUCCGGAGGAUGGCUACAAGAGCUACCAGUGCCGGACGAAGCACCGAUUGACGGGCGAAACGCGACUAUCGGCCACCAAGGGACGACUGGUGAUCACAGAACCACUUGGUAGAGUGGCUCCCAAGCUAGCCUCCGCGUCUAAGAUCAUCACGGCAGAAGGAAGACGUAGAAAUACGAUCGCUUUGCUCUGCUCCGCUCAGGGCUAUCCGAUCGCUGUGUUUAGGUGGUACAAGUACAUCGAGGGCACCCAGCAGAAGAAGGCGGUCGUGCUGGAUGAGCGCGUGAAGCAAGUGUCCGGUACGCUGAUCAUCAAGGAUGCAGUCGUCGACGAUUCGGGAAAGUAUCUGUGCGUGGUCAACAACUCGGUCGGAGGCGAGAGCGUCGAAACGGUUCUCACCGUCACUGCACCGCUGGCCGCAAAGAUUGAGCCGCGCACGCAAACGGUCGACUUUGGCCGGCCAGCCGUCUUCACGUGCAAGUUCUCGGGAAAUCCGAUCAAAACCGUGUCCUGGACGAAGGACGGCAAAUCGCUCGGCCACAGCGAUGCCGUGCUGCGCAUCGAGUCGGUGAAAAAGGAAGACAAGGGCAUGUACCAGUGUUUCAUUCGCAACGACCAGGAAAGCGCACAGGCCAGCGCCGAGCUGAAGCUGGGAGGACGAUUCGAUCCACCGAUCAUUCGCGAAGCGUUCCCGGAGGAGACUCGCCAUCCCGGUCCGUCGGUGUUUCUGAAGUGUGUUGCGGGUGGUAAUCCGACGCCCGAGAUCGGCUGGGAGCUGGACGGCAAGAAGAUUACGAACAGCGAACGGUACCAGGUCGGUCAGUACGUCACGGUGAACGGGGACGUCGUUUCGCACCUCAACAUUACGUCGAUCCACUCGAACGACGGUGGUCUGUACAAGUGUAUCGCCAGCAGCAAGGUCGGUGUGGCUGACCAUUCGGCCAAGCUGAACGUGUACGGGUUGCCAUACGUCCGGACGAUGGAAAAGAAGGCUAUCGUCGCGGGGGAAACGCUGAUCGUCACCUGCCCCGUGGCCGGCUAUCCGAUUGAGUCGAUCGUAUGGGAGCGUGACAAUCGCCAGCUGCCGAUAAACCGCAAGCAGAAAGUUUUCCCGAACGGCACGCUGAUCAUCGAGAACGUAGAACGCAACUCGGACCAGGCCACGUACACGUGUGUGGCGAAGAACUCGGAAGGAUACACGGCACGCGGCACUCUCGAGGUGCAAGUCAUGGUUCUGCCCAUCAUUCACCCGUUCGAGUUCGGGGAGGAACCGUUCGAUAUCUACAGCGCGGUGACGGUCAGCUGUACCGUCACGAAGGGUGAUCUGCCGAUCGAUAUAGGGUGGGGCUUUAAUGGGCGUCGGGUUCACACGACCGACGGUGUGCUGAUCACGAAGAGUGGACAACGCAGUAGUCUGUUGUCAAUCGAAUCCGUUCAACCGCGACACGCUGGCAAUUAUACCUGCUCGGCUCAGAAUGCGGCCGGAACGGUAGAGCACAGUUCCCAGCUGGUGGUGAUAGUUCCACCCAAGGUAUUCCCGUUCAGUUUCGGGGACGAGCCCAUGAACGAGGGCGAUUCGGGAUCCAUCCAGUGUAACGUACCGUCCGGGGACCUACCGAUCGGGAUCCGGUGGUACUUCGAGGGCGCUCUCAUUGGGGACCCCUCGACAACGAUCACACAGAUCGGGCGGCGGGCAAAGGCACUCACGAUCGACGCGGUGACGGCUCGUCACGCCGGAAAUUACACCUGCGAGGCUUCGAACAUCGCCGAUGUGGUGCAGUACACGGCCACACUGCUGGUGAACGUUCCACCGAGGUGGAUCCUGGAACCGACCGAUAAGGCCUUCGCUCAGGGCUCAAACGCCAAGGUUGAGUGCAAAGCGGACGGUUUCCCGAAGCCACAGGUUACCUGGAAGAAAGCAGUCGGCGAUACUCCCGGCGAGUACAAGGAUCUGCGAUCGAACGAUUCAAGCAUUCGCGUUGAGGAAGGCUCUCUGUUCAUCCAGAACAUUCAGAAAUCGAACGAGGGUUACUAUCUGUGCGAGGCCAUUAACGGUAUUGGAUCCGGUUUGAGCGCCGUCACGCUGAUCACCGUCCAGGCACCGCCGGAGUUCGUCGAGAAACUGCGCAAUCAGACGGCACGUCGCGGCGAACCGACCGUACUGCAGUGCGAAGCGAAAGGUGAAAAACCGAUCGGUAUCUUGUGGAACAUGAACAACAUCCGGCUGGACCCUAAAUCGGACAACCGGUACACGAUCCGAGAGGAAAUUCUCCCGAACGGUGUCACGUCCAGUCUGUCCAUCAAGCGUACCGAGCGCAGCGAUUCGGCACUGUUCACCUGCAUGGCUACGAACGCGUUCGGAAGUGACGAUACGAGCAUCAACAUGAUCAUCCAAGAGCCGGCCGAGAUGCCGUACGCGCUGAAGGUGCUGGACAAAUCGGGACGCACCGUGCAGUUGAGCUGGGCCAAACCUUACGAUGGUAACUCACCGCUCAAGCGGUACAUCAUCGAAUUUAAGCGCUCCCGAGGAUCGUGGGAAAACGAUAUCGAUCGCGUGAUCGUACCGGGCGACACCAACGAGGCGCAGGUGCAGAAGCUAAGCCCGGCCACUACCUACAACAUUCGUAUCGUGGCGGAGAACGAGAUCGGCGUAUCGGAUCCGUCCGAUGUGGUGACGAUCAUCACGGCCGAAGAGCAACCUUCCGGAAAGCCUCAGACCAUCAAGGUGGAACCGAUCAAUCAGACGACGUUGCGCGUAAGCUGGAAGGCACCGCCUCGCGCCGAAUGGAACGGUGACAUACUGGGCUACUACGUGGGUUUCAAGCAAACGUCCGUCAACUCGUCAUACAUUUACGAAACGGUCAACUACUCGCUCGAGGGCGGCGAAGGCAAGGAGCACAGUCUGGAGAUUAACAACCUGAAAACAUACACCCAGUAUUCGAUCGUCAUCCAGGCAUUCAACAAGGUCGGUGCCGGUCCGAUGAGCGACGAAGAGAAGCAGUACACGGCCGAAGGAACACCGGAUCAGCCACCGAGCGAUACGAUGUGCACGACGCUGACGUCGCAGACGAUUCGCGUAUCGUGGGUCAGCCCACCGCUCGAGUCGGCCAACGGGGUCAUCAAGGGCUACAAGGUGGUGUACGCUCCCAGUGACCUGUGGAAUGAUGACAAAAACAAGGACUACAAGAAGACGGCCUCCAGCGACACGGUGCUGCACGGGCUGAAGAAGUACACCAACUACACGAUGCAGGUGCUGGCAACCACAUCCGGUGGCGACGGAGUACGCAGCGCACCGAUCCACUGCCAAACGGAACAGGACGUGCCGGAGGCUCCGAUCGGUGUGAAGGCGCUCGUCAUGUCGGAGGGUUCCAUUCUCGUGUCUUGGCAGCCCCCGUCCCAGCCGAACGGUCUGAUCCUGCAGUACACGGUGUACAUCAAGAGUGGCGAGCAGGACCCGAAAAGCCACAAGGUGCCAUCGUACCAGAUGAGCUACGAAGCGUCCGGGUUAGAGAAGAAUCAAAAGUACGAAUUCUGGGUCACGGCUUCGACCACGAUCGGCGAGGGGCAACCGUCGAAGACGCUGUCCGCCAUGCCGAGCGACAAGGUACCGGCCAAGAUCGCUUCGUUCGAUGACAAAUUUACGGCCACGUUCAAGGAAGACGCCAAGCUGCCGUGCUUGGCCGUCGGUUCACCGACCCCGGAUAUUACGUGGAAAAUCAAGGGCGUAGAGUUUGUGCCGAACGAACGCAUUCGCCAGCUACCGGAAGGUUCACUGUUCAUUAAGGACGUGGUGCGACAGGAUGCGGGCGACUACACGUGUACGGCCGAAAAUUCGAUCGCCAAAGACUCGAUCACCCACCGGUUGAUCAUUCUUGCGCCGCCCCAAUCGCCCCAGUUGACGCUGACUGCGACGACCACGGACUCACUGUCCGUGAAGCUGAAGCCACACGACUCGGAUACGGCCCCGCUGCAAGGAUACACGCUCCACUACAAACCCGAGUUCGGAGAGUGGGAAACGAUCGAUGUGGCGCUCGAGGCACCGAAAUAUACGAUCGAGAAACUGUACUGUGGAUCACGGUAUCAGGUGUACGCGACCGCCUACAACACCAUCGGAGCUGGGGAGCCAUCGGACAUCCUGAACACUCGCACCAAGGGAUCGAAACCGUUGCUGCCCGAGAAGUCACGCUUCAUCGAAGUUUCGUCCAACUCGAUCACGCUCCAUCUGCCGGCCUGGAAGGACGGAGGAUGCCGUAUGUCACACUUUGUGGUGGAGCAUAAGAAGAAGGAUCAAAUCGAUUGGAAUCAGAUUUCUAACAACGUCAAACCGGGCGGCAAUUUUGUCGUACUCGAUCUGGAGCCAGCCACUUGGUACAACCUUCGCGUGACGGCACACAACAACGCCGGGUUCACGGUGGCUGAGUAUGAGUUCGCUACCCUCACGAUCACGGGCGGUACGGUUGCGCCCAGCUUCGGCUCCGUCCAGCCGGGCUCGAUGUACCCCCCGUGGAUUCCCCACUGGAUCGAUCUGAACGUGAUGGUACCACUGAUCGCAACCGUGAUCGUGGUGGCGGUAGGUGUACUAGUCAUUUGUGUUGCCAUCUCACGACGCCGGGACGACGAUCCACGCUGCGGGCCGAAGGAUGUGUACUACGAUGUGGUGUACAAUCAGUCCAUGGGCCCGGCAGGAGCUGCCACGCUGGACAAGAGGCGCCCAGACAUCCGGGAUGAGCUGGGAUACAUUGCGCCGCCCAAUCGUAAACUGCCACCGGUUCCGGGCUCCAACUACAACACGUGCGAUCGCGUCAAGCGCGGAACGGUUAUCAGCCAUAAUCCCUCCAUAAAAUCCAAUCAUACCACUUGGGACCCGCGACGGCCGUUGUACGAGGAGCUGAAGAAGGCUCCACCGCCACUGCCACGACGUUUCAACCAUCCUCCGGCGUGUUACGGUAUGGAGGAUGAAAUUUGCCCGUACGCAACGUUCCACCUGCUGGGCUUCCGUGAGGAGAUGGACCCGACGAAGGCAAUGAACUUCCAGACGUUCCCGCACCAGAACGGAAUGGGCGGCCCGGGUCACAUGGGCACGAUGGGCUCGAACAUGGCGAUGCAGGUGCCCAGCCAUGUCCAUUCCCGCUCCGGUUCACAGUCAAUGAACCGGUACGCGCGCAAGAACAGCCAGGGUGGCCAGAGUAGCAUCUACACCCCGGCCCCGGAGUAUGACGAUCCGGCCAACUGCGCCGAGGAAGAUCAAUACAGACGAUACACGCGCAUCAACUCCCAGGGCGGUUCCAUGUACUGUGGCCCGGGACCCGAGUACGAUGAUCCGGCCAACUGCGCCCCCGAAGAUGAUCAGUACGGUUCGCAGUACGGUGGCAACUAUGGCACACCGUACGAACAUUACGGCUCCCGGGGCUCCGUUGGCCGUCGGAGCGUAGGUUCGCCGGAACCUCCGCCGCCGCCACCGCGCAAUCACGAUACGAGCAACUCGUCGUUUAACGAUUCGAAGGAAAGCAACGAAAUUUCCGAAGCCGAAUGCGAUCGCGAUAAUGGACCGCGCGGAAACUAUGGAGAGCCAUCCGAGGCCACUUCGAAAUCCAACGAUGCUGGUAAUGCGGAGGAAACAGAAAAGUUACUGAAAAGAAACGAAGUCAAACCCAAGUACACCAAACAAACAGCAGCAGCCCCCGGUGGCACCGGACUCACAGCCUACGAUACUAUGGCAGUGUAA